AUGACAAGUCUAUCGGAGCAGGACAUACUCGCCCAACACAUCGCAACCCCCAUAGUCAAGAUUAAUUACUUUCAACUCUUCCGAUAUGCGACCAAGAAAGAUUUGUUCAUUAUCGGCGUAUCCUUUCUUGCUGCGAUCAUCGCCGGGGCAAUCACAACAAUGCCGGCCCUGUUAACAGGCUUGUUGAUUGGCAGCAUACAAAACAGCUGGUCCGGUGGAUCAUCCCAAGACAGGUCCAAUAGCGAAUUGACGCGCUUCACAAUUUACUUCGUAUACCUUUUUCUGGGCGAAAUAGUGUCAUGCUACAUUGCGAAUAUCGGAUUCAUCCGCACUGGCAUCAUAUUAUCGAGUCGGAUCAGAGAACGGUACUUGGCCGCGCUUCUGAGUCAAAACAUUGCCUUCUUCGACAACAUCGGAGCCGGAGAAAUAUCCACUCAUAUUUCCGCCGACGCAAAUCUGAUUCGAGAUGGUAUUUCCGAGAAAGUCAGCGUGGCCGUCCAGUGCUCCGCAUCGGUUGUCGCAGCUUUUGUCAUAAGUUUCAUACGAGAUUGGAGGUUGACCCUCAUUUUGGCCUCCAGCCUCGUAUGCAUCGCCCUGGUAUUUGCUGCCGCCGGUAUAAUGCUCACAAAGUAUCGCCAGCAAUGGUUGGGAGAGACCGCAGAAUCUGAACGGUCGUGGGGCUCAAUGCGCAAUCUGAGCUUGUGGCUCGAUACGAUGGCUGUCUCAGCUAAAGCUGAACGCUUUGCAAAUAAUGCCAGGCUGAUAUCUGGCGCCCUGCUCGGUGCUGUUUUUGCCGUUAUUUACCUGGCUAUCGGUUUAGGGUUCUGGAUGGGUUCGCGCUUCCUAGUAGCGGGCACAUCCUCGUACGUCGAUAUCUUGACAAUUAUCCUCGCGACCGUGACCGGUAUCGCCUGUCUCGGUGGCAUCGUUCCUCCACUUCAAGUAUUUACUAUUGCCACGGCUGCUGGAUCGAGACUGUACAGCACCAUCGACCGAAGGCCUCCAGGGACCGCCAAUCGUUCUUCUGAAGGAAGGUUGGACAGUGUGCUUGGUCAUAUUGAGUUGCAAAAUGUGAGACACAUUUACCCCUCAAGACCAGAUAUCGUCGUUUUGGACAACUUGAGCUUGGAUAUUGAGCCAGGAAAAACGACAGCUAUAGUUGGACCAUCCGGAUCCGGAAAAAGUACAAUAAUCGAACUUCUCGAGCGUUUCUAUGACCCCGUUGCCGGCGAUAUUCUCUUGGACGGUCACAACCUCUCAGAAUUGAGCCCAAAUUGGUUGAGACAGCAAAUCUCGCUGGUCCAACAAUCACCGACAUUGUUUGCUACGACUAUCUUCGAGAACAUCCGGUAUGGCCUGGUUGGCACGCGGGAUGAAAACGCAUCAAAGGAAGAUAUCGAAAAUAUUGUUUAUGAUGCCACUCGCCUCGCAAAUGCCCACGACUUUAUCACCAAAUUACCUGACGGCUACGAUACCCUUGUCGGCGAGGCCGGCGUGUUGCUUUCUGGUGGCCAGAAACAGCGCAUUGCCAUCGCUCGCGCCCUCAUUUCCGAUCCUCGAAUUCUUCUCCUUGAUGAAGCCACCUCGGCCUUGGACUCGACGAGUGAAUCCAUUGUUCAAGCUGCAAUCGAAAAAGCGUCUCAAGGGAGAACGACGAUUGUUGUAGCUCAUCGCUUGUCAACUGUCAAAUCCGCGGACAAGAUUAUCGUCUUGUCUGGAGGUCAGCUUGUUGAACAAGGCACUCAUGACUUUCUUCAAAAUAUAAAUGGAGUUUAUAGUCGGCUGGCCAAAUCACAGGCUGUUAACUUGAGCGAGAAGAAAUCUCCCGACGAUGAUGAUUCUUUGGGGGUUUGCAUCCAUCAUGUUAAGUCUGUCGAUGAAGAGACAGAAAAGGAGCAUCCGCCGCUUGGCGGAAGCGGAAGUCCUUUAUUUGGCACAAUGCAUAAGGGCGCAGAUACUCUCGAGAGUCUGGAUCGGCCACGCCAUCAGUAUUCGAUGCAGACCCUUCUGAGGUUUGUGAAUAGUUUCCACAAGGACUCUAUGAUAUUGGUGUCAAUGGGGUUUCUCGCUUCAAUCCAAACAGGAGCUGGAGCACCCGUCCAGGCAGUGUUUCUAGCCAAAUGUCUUGUGGCACUCGCCAGACCUCCCGCUGAAUUCCCGCAGCUUCGGUCUGAGACAAAUCUAUGGGCUGGAAUGCAUGUCGUCCUGGCUCUCGUACAGUUCUUCGCCUACUCGGCUCAAGCUUCUGCUCUCGGAAAAUGUACAGAGAGGCUUAUCCGUCGUCUCGGUGACCUCUCCUUCCGGGCCCUUCUCGACAAAGACAUGUCUUUCUUUGACAUGGAGGAGCACGGUGUGGGCGCAUUGGUGUCAUUUCUCGGAACUGAGCCAGCCAGUAUGGCAGGCAUGGGUUGCUACGCGAUUGGGAAUUACAUCAUGGCACUGACAACUCUCAUCGGUGCCAUCGCAACCAGCAUAGCUGUCGGAUGGAAACUUGGACUUGUCGGUGCAGCUACAGUACCUGUUCUUUUGAUGUGUGGAUUCCUUCGAUUCCGCGUCAUGGCUCAGCUUGAGGCCCAUCUUCGCCAAGUGUAUCAAGAAACAGCAUCAUUGGCCAGUGAAGCGGUCUCGGCCAUCCGCACCGUCAUAUCUCUGAAUCGUGAGUCCAGGGUUGCAGCAGUAUUCCACGAUAAGCUAGCCGAACAAGACUCGAAGAGCAUUCGCUCAAGCCUGACAUCUUCGGGCCUCUUCGCGUUUUCACAAUCGGCACCCUUGCUGUGUACUGCACUUGGCUUAUGGUAUGGUGGCACCCUCGUGAUCAGCGGGGAGUAUGGAUUGUUUCAGUUUAUCCUGAGUUUUGCUGCUGUUAACAUUUGCGGUGAUGCUGCUGGCUCGAUAUUUAGCAGCUCGCCAGAUCUCGCAAAGGCAAAGCUUUCGGCCACCCGACUUAAAGGGCUAUUGGAUCGACAACCACGGCGCCGAUUGGACUUUGUCGAACCUCAACCUCUUUUGCAAGGAACCAUUGAAUUCCGGAAUGUCCACUUUUCGUAUCCUACGCGUCCCGAUCGGCAAGUACUAAACGGUCUCGAUCUCACUGUACACAAGGGUAAAUACAUCGCCCUAGUUGGACCCAGUGGAUGCGGGAAAAGCACCAUUGUUGCACUUUUAGAGCGUUUCUACCAUCCACUAGCCGGCCUUGUCACAAUGGAUGGUCUGGAUCUCUCCUCAAUGGAUAUGAGCGCAUACCGCAAUCAAGUGGCACUCGUGAAUCAAGAGCCCACACUCUUCCAAGGCACCAUCCGAGAUAAUCUGCUCCUCGGACUCGAUGCAUCGAAGUAUUCCCAGGAAGAAUUGGAGACCAUCUGCAAGGAUGCGAAUAUCCUUGAUUUUAUCCAUUCACUGCCGUAG